UUUUAUGAAAUUUUAGGUUUAUCAAGAGAUGCCUCACCAACCGAUAUUAAAAGAGCAUACAGAAAACUAUCCGUAAAAUACCAUCCAGACAAAAACCCAGAAAAAAAAGAUUUAUAUAUUCAAAUUAACUCUGCAUAUGAAACCUUAAGCGAUCCAGAAAAAAGAAGAAUCUACGAUCAAUAUGGCGAAGAAGGUUUAAAGAAUAAUCAUGGUGGAGGUGGUUUUGAUCCAUUCGAUAUUUUCUCUGUAUUUGGAAAUAGACAUCACCAUCAACAACAACCAAUGCAACAAAAAGGUGCAGAUAUCGAAUUGGAUUUAGAAGUUACAUUAAAAGAUUUAUACGUUGGUAAAACUUUAAGAGUCACUCAUAAAAAACAAAUUCUUUGUACCAAAUGUCGUGGUACUGGCGCUAAAAAAGCAUCAGAUGUUACAACUUGUGGUGGAUGUAAAGGUAGUGGUGUAAAAUUAAAGGUUCAACAAUUAGGUCCAGGUUUUGUACAACAAAUUCAAUCAACUUGUGAUGAAUGCGGCGGUAAAGGUAAAAAAGUAACAAGCAAAUGUCCACAUUGUAACGGUAAAAAAGUUGAAACAGGCGAAGAAACCUAUACACUCGAAGUUGAAAAAGGUAUGAACGAUCAAUCAACAAUUAGAUUAGAACAAUUAGGUGAAGAAGCACCAGAUAUUACACCAGGCGAUAUUGUAUUCAAGAUUGUAACUAUUCCAGAUCCUUUAUUCAAGAGACAAGGCGAUAAUUUAUAUUAUGAAAUGUCAAUUACACUUUUAGAGUCAUUAGUUGGUUUCGAAAAAGAAAUUUCUCAUUUAGAUGAUCAAAAAGUUAAAAUCAAUCGUGAUCAAGUUACACCACCAGGCCACACUAUCAAAAUCGAAGGUCAAGGUAUGCCAAAUCACCAAUUCUCAAGCCAAACUGGUGACUUGUAUGUUGUUUUCACUAUUAUUUUCCCAGAAAAAGUUACUGAUGAUGCUAAAAAAGGUUUUGAAAAACUUUUAUCAUAAUAAUAAAACAAAUAAUAAUAUGUAU